GGAAGGUUUGAUAGAUUCCCUGUGAUAGGAUCGUGAAGAUAUAGAAGGAGAGGCUCAAUAUUACAUUGUAUUCCACAGGAUAUUUUGGAUUUUGAUGCAACUGAAGCGAAUGAAGAAGUUAGCGUAGGAGGACUAGACUUAACACGUUUUUUAGCUUCAAAGUAUGGACGUUUUUCCACUGUUCUUAUUUUCUAAAUUUCGUAUUCUUGCUUGUAAAUCGGACCUUCUCUGCUGCGAGGAGAAUGUUGACCGGAGCAGUUAGGACAAAUUGGAGGAGGGGAACAUGGUAAAUCCUCAUGAGAAGAUUUACCACAUAAAGGACAUACAGGAGAAGCUGAACAUUUUGAAGACACAUGACCAAAUUUUUUGACACUUAAAACACCUUAGAGGCUGGGGGAUAUACGGUCGAACUCUUAUAGAAAGAUAUCCAGCUAUUAUACGGUCAGGAAGAGAGUGAAGCUUGAAAGUGAUGAUUAAGCUUGGGGUUGGGGUAAUUAUACCAUCUUUUUUGGUUGAUAUUCUUUUGACUUCAGUUACGCCCAGAUCUAUGAGGUUUUCCAGAAUUUCUUCUUCGCUACACAACAUUAAUUCUUGUGCAAUUUACCAUUAUAGAUUUUUAUUUUUAUUUUUUUAUAUUGUUGAAUAAGCGCCAGGCGUAUAAUUAUAAUAAGGAAUACUCCUACAUCUCCCUAUUCAUCAUAUUUUUAAUGUGUUUACCGUUUUUUGUACCUACCUAAGAUAAUAGGUACGUUUACACUUAACUCUUUCGCAUGGGUUCUGAACGUGGCAUUCCAAUCGUGCGCGCAAGAACGGUAAUGUAGAUGUAAAUCAGACAUGUGCGAAAACAGUUCGUACUUGAGUGAAGACUUGAUUGCGGGAAAAGAACGUUAAAUUCUUCUUGUGCAUAAUUUGAGUGGCGUGUGCGAUUUGGCGCGCGGGAUAACAAAAGAGAGAGAAAGAGAGAGAGAGAGUUUUAAGAUGUAGGCAUUUUGAUGAGAUAGUUUCCGAAUCAGUUGUAAUUAGGAGGGUACCAUCAUUUAGUUUUUUCACGUUAUUAACCAGUCCUAGAGAAAAUAUAAGCAUUUUAUGAAUAAGAAAAGGAGAUACAUUAGUAAAAGUUAAGUUAUCUGUUCGUUUAAAAAUAAAAAAUCUAUCAUACGAGAGUACCGGACUAUCCGGCGGAGUUGCUAUCCGGGGUCUUUUAGACCCUCAAGGGGGAAAAUUAUUUUUAGAAAUAAGAGAGAUGCUGGUCCCACGAGUAAGGAAGAAAAGAGGUCCAUCCUGGCAGUGCUCCUUUACCAAGGUAAUCCCACUUAAAUUCCUUGAAGGGAGGGAAGGUACUUCAAAGGCUCCGUUAGUGACACUUGAUGCCCUCAAGUGCCAUGCAGUCCUCGCCACGGUUCGCUUAACAACUUGACUUAAGGGUUUAUAUAUAACACAAAGGACUUGAACAUAUUAGACGGGACAAACAUGACUGAGGUAUCUCGGGAGCGUCAAUCCUGUACUUGAAAGGACUAGAAGGUCCUUCCAAGUCCCCUGAGGGGUAACAAAAUAAAUUAUAAUAAGUAAUAUCAGUAAAUUACUUAUUUUGUGUGCCAUGGUAGAUAGUAGGUACUGGUCGAAAGACUUUAUAAGGCAUUUUAUUGAAAUUUACAAAUCAUAUCCGUGUCUAUGGAAGGUGAGGUCCAAAGACUAUACAAAUAAAAAUCUAAAAAAUAAAGCCUACGAGAAAUUGGUAGAGGUCUGCAAAACCAUUUAUCCUGAGGCAAAUAAAGACUAUGUCAUAAAAAAGAUUCAAAGCUUCAGAGGUUCCUUUCGCAAGGAAGUCAAAAGGGUUGCAGAAUCAAUGCGAAGUGGAACAGGGGUAGAUGAUGUCUACGUACCCACUUUAUGGUAUUACGACCUAUUGCUAUUUACCAGUGAUCAGGAAAUACCAACCGCUAGUAUAAGCAAUAUGGACACGGACGAAUUAGAGGCAGGGUGUGACAAGGCGGCAGGAGUACAGGCAGAGAAUAAUGAAAGCCAAAUAUUAGAAGAGCAUAAUAAUGAAAGUGAAUCUCAAGAUACUGCAGUGCAAGAAAACAAAAAUGAAACAGACGUGAAAAAUAGUUUAUUAAAACAGAAUUCAAAUGCUUCACAAUCAAAACCACCCCUUGCUACACCAAAAUGUACAAACGUGACCGCACGGCAAAAAGUCAAGAGCAACUUUAAUUAAAAAAAUGCUGAUUUCAUGGAAUUUUGGAAAAACCAGUUGCAAACGGCGAACAAUAUUAUUAGUCAAUAUGAUGCAGUGGGAAUUUCAUGGAGUGAAAAAGUGUUCCCGCCCUUGGCUUAUAACAGGAAAAGGAAAACUUCAAAUACAAAUUUCGAAGACAGGAUUUGAAUGGCAGUGUGUAAGGUAUAUUUUUUCGUAUUUAAACAUUUUUCAACUUUUUUCAAAA